AUGUUGACUGAGGGGGACCGACAGGAGUCUUUGGGAGUUCCAUACAUUCUACAAGGUGUUGCAGAGGUUCUACGAGGGUUUUAUGAGGUUAUUGAGUUCGUCAAAAAGGAGGUCAAGUCAGAGUUGUUUUGGAGAUUUCAGUAUGGGGAGGAGGAGGUGUGUUCGGACCGCUUGGACACUGACUUCCCGGACAUCGACCUCUCCCAGCUGGACACCAGCGACUUUGACAGCGUCAACUGCCUCAGCGAGCUGCAGUGGUGCAACGAUCAGCCGGCAGAUGUGUCACCAGCCUCUAUUCACUACAGUACAGCAGAUGAGCUCUUCGAGAUAGAAGAGGAGAAUGCGGCUCUGCUCGCCGCUCUGACCGACAGCUUGGAUGGCAUGGUGGACGCCGAGGUGGGCGGGCUCUCCGUCUUCCCCGCCCUGGGGGAGGAGCCCAGCCAAGAAGAGGAAGAAGAGGACAGCCUUCCUCUCAGCGCGGAGGACUUCAGUCAGUCCCUGGGGGCCGAGACGGAGGACCCAUCUCUACUAAAGAAGCUGCUGCUGACUCCUCCCAACGUGCCCCCGGGCAUCGAUGUGCACAAAGAUGGAGUCCACGCCCGUCGCUACGGCAACAGAAGCCUGCACCUACGGCCAGUCAAACCUCUGACUAAGAGCGACCUCCCUCAGGAGCGGAAGCCCCGAGCGGUGCGUCCGGCGGGGCGCCUGUGCACCGAGCUGCACCGCCACCUCACCACUGCCCAGGACACCGAGGACACCCCGGCCCCCGACACAGAGGAGGACGAAGAGGAGGAGGAGGACGAGGACAGUGAGUCGGAGGAGGACGAGGAGGAGGAAGCGGAAGAGGAAGAGGAGGAGGAGUCUUCCAGCAGCGAGGUGGAGGGUGGGGCAGUGGCGGCUGCUGCCCCCGCUGAGCCAGCUAAGCCUCAGUUCAGCUCGGAGAAAGAACUGCACUCGGUGGUGGAGCUGAUCACGUACAUGCACACCUACUGCCUGCCCACGCGCAAGCAGCAGGGCUGGGAGCGCAAGGACCGUGACCUCCCGAGGCCUCGGGCCAGACCUGAGGCCUCCCGCCCGGCCGCCACCAGCUCUCACAGCAGAGUUGUGCUGGUGGCCACUCCUGGGACUAGUGGGGGCUUGACUGGGACAAGCAACAGCGCCCCCAGGAGGCUCCCCUUUGCUAGGCGGAGGGAGAUGAAGGCCAACUCCCUUCUCCGCGAGCUCCUGCAGCAGAGCAGCUCUUUUGAUGUGAGCAAGCCUUACAGACUGCACAGCCCACCCUACUCCCACUCCCACAGCCCCAACAGAGGAGCAGCACUUGCCCCUUCCUCUCCUGCUAAAUCAGCCCUGACCCAGUCCUACAGCUCCACCAACCCUAAACCAGAGCUUCGUAAAGACUCUUCCUCCCCCGAGAGGAGAAACGUCUCCUCUGAGCCGCCACAAAGCCUGGAGGAGGCUACAGAAAACAGCGGCUCUUUCUCAGUGCGGCGCUCCAGACGGCUGGCCUCUUUCCCCAGCCGCUUCGCCAAGAGGCUGCGGCCUGCGCGGGCGAGGGAAGGGGAGGACAGGGAGGAGAAAGAGGAGGCACGAGUGGGAAUCAAACUCCUGCCCACCCAAGCAGGAGGUGGAACCACGACGGAGAUGCAGCCAGAACAACUCAUGUCUAGUAACGGCAGCACCGCUACAACUGAGCCGACCAAACCCUGCUGCCACGAAAAGCGAGCCUGCCUCUGCCUGCCUCUCAACCCAAAGUCCACAGGAGAGUCCCAGUACAAUACCAAGCCUUUUGAGCAGACGCUCAGUGUGGAUCUGUGCGGAACAGCAGGUCUCACCCCUCCCACUACUCCACCUCACAAACCUGUGGAAGAUGAGCUCUUUAAGCCUGCUGAGGGAGGAAAGAGUGGCGGCGGAGUGGGCGGUGGCAGCAGUGGCGACGGUGGAGGAGGUGGCGGCGAGUCUGUCCACCCGGCUUCAAACGCCAACGUUGCCACGAAGGGCUCGUCCUGGCUGAGCCGCUCUCACCACCAGCGGAAGCAGCCAGAGCAGACGGAGCUGUAUGCCCAGCUGAGGCGCAUGGGCCAGGCCGGCGACAGCGACACCCACCGCAACUUUGGCGACCACGACUACUGUGUGCUGAGCCUCGGGGAGAGCCGCAAACGCAGUGCUGCCAUUCUCGACGCCAUGUUGCAGGCGCAGGGAGGGAGCGAUGGAGCUGGCACCCCGGCACCGAAAGCAGCCGACGAUCAGGCGUUGGACGAAAAGGACAAGGAGGACGAGGAGAGGCUGGUGAUGUCAGAAGUGUCCGAGCCACAGGAGCAGGAGACGACCGUGGUGAUUUCUUCAUCGCCGCCGUCAGACUGCCAGUCAGCGGCUGCCACUCCACCAGCUUCUGAAGAAGAGGCGGAGCGCUCGUCGGCGUCACGCUCACCCUCACCCAUCCUCCACCUGUGUCCGGACUCCCCCUCCAGCAAGACAGACUCCAGUGAGAACUCGGAGAUCUGUCCUGACGACAAGCAGAGGAACAAAGCCAAGUCUGACGAGGAAAACUGCCAGGUGUUUUACAUCCACAACCUGCCCAGCAGCGUGACCCAGAACAUGCUGAGGAAACGCUUCCAGGUUUUCGGCAAAGCAGAGGACUGCAAAGUCAUCAUCUGCAACGAGGAGCGCUGUGGUGUGAUAAAGAUUCGUCAGGCGGGGGUUCAAAGGCACUGGAGAGAACGAGAGACUGUUUUCCAGAAUGGACCUGCAGGCAUAAGGAGGGUGACAAGGAAACGCUACAUAGACUUAGAUGAGGCAGGUCCGGGCCCUGUGAAGAGCAAGUACGAUGCACUGGACUUUGACACUCUGCUGAAGGAGGCCCAGAAGUCCCUGCACCGCUGACAGUACAGCGCCACUGACUGGCCAGCCUUAGUAAACUGCAGCAACACCCCUCCGACAACACAGCUCUGCCCUCAGACAGGCGUCUCAGUACCUCCACGCAAGGCAACCUCGCAAAAUGUUUACAUUUUUACCAUUGGGAUAAAGUAACAAUAAGGACCUUGUUUUUUAAGUUUCUUUCACCGGAGGAUACUGCUUAAAAACGAGGAAGCCACUGGGAGUCUGGAGGGGUUAAGAGACAACGGAGGAAAUAGGACUUUAAACAGCAAUGGUACAACAAUUACAAACAAUAUUGAUACAGUUCUCCACUGAACAACAGUAACAACAAAGCUGCUUCCCGUCUGUGUUGGUGACUUCAUCGCCCUGCCUUGGACGAGCGGGCGUGAGAGACCUGUAGCAAUUCCUUGCUAUCCCUGCGUUGCGUUGGUCGUCGUGGUGUGUGUUCCUGCGUGUGCGUGUUCUUUGUUCUGUUUUGUAUAAAAAAAAAAGAAAAAUCUCCCUCUUUCCAGUCACGAGUGGUGAACCUGCAAGCUGUGUUCACUUGUGUGGUUGUAUAACCAGAAAAAAAAAAGAACCCUGCUUUGUUUUAGCGAAAUUGUGGAUGUUAUAAAUUUUAAAAAUCUAUUGUGUGUGUGUUAUGGACAAAGAAUAUAACAGAAACCAUUUAACGUAAUCAUUUGAUGACUGAUAAAGUUUACAAAUCUAAAAUGAAGAAAAAAAUCAUGUUUUUUUCUUUUUUGUAAUUGUAGUGCUUCCUUGAUUUGAUCUAUGCACUGUAAGGAGGUAAAUGUCUCUGCUGUCCUCCACUUCCCCCCUUUUAUCUAUAACUCUGCCAUGCUGACUAUUCUGGCUUCUGCUACUGGCUGCUGCAGGUUCUGUUUGAGAGGUGCUUCAUACAUCAAGACCUCAUCUCAGAUGUGGGGAAAAUGACAUAGUUUUAAACGUGUGUUUACAACCUAUUCAAACUAAGGCAGAAACAGUUACUGGAAAAGUACUUACCUCAAACGUUGCACGUAUGAAUUAGCUUCAGUUGAGUUUAAUGUUUCUUGUACCGUUGACAUCCAACUUCAUGUUACGUGCCUGAAAUGGGUCAAAACGAAGUUUUAAGUGCAACUAAAUUUUAAAAAGUGGCUUGAAAAUAUUUACUGUCUGGACUUGUGGAAAUUUGAGGAUUCAGGUUUGUCUUCAAAAUAAAAGUUAAUGCUGGUUUAAAACAGGGGUUAACGUCAGGAUUGGGCUGAGAUAAAGUCGGGCUUACAGUUAAACUAUCCAGACAUGGAGGAGUACCAAAGCUAAUGGCUGAACACUAGCAACACCACCAUCAUAGUUUACCAUGGCUUUGACAUUUUCUUUCUUUGUUAAGUAAUGGUCAAGUGUUACUCACCCAGACAUGCUGACAAGUUCUUCAGUGGCGAGUGUCAAAUUUAUUCAUGGAUUUCCAGAAUCAGAGCCGGUGACAAAUAAGAACAUUUUUCCCACAUCUAGAUAGUCUUCAUGUAUCUUUGAUAAGGUCCCACUGAACAUGCGUCCAACAAAGGCUGCAGCCUCAAGACCCCCUCCACCCCCCGAAUGCCACAGCCAAUGCAACAGUUACUGUUUACAUUUGGACUGCAGCAAGCAGGGCAAAAUGGGGAAAUAAAGAUGGUAGCCACUGGCGCUUUUAUAUCAUACUCUGUAUGAAUUCAUCACUUCCGCACUUUUUUCAGACCGUUCCAGUUCAAUUAUCUUUCACAGUAAGUUCAUCUGUACAUUAAUUCAGCUAUUUUGAUCGUCUGCGAAUCGUUCUUCUUCAUGACAUUGAGGCUCAGUGUAAGGUUGAGCGUGACACCAGGGGCUGAAAGUACAGGAGACAACAAAACCAGUUUUCUUCCCUAUAAUCCACUCACGGCCAUAGAAGUAGGAGAAUUUGUUGGUUCAAAUGGAAUGUAUUCAAGAAUCUGAAUGUAAUCAUCAUGUUUUCCCCAUUCCUGCUUGCCCAAAGAUUGUGGAGCCUUUUGGUGCUUUAAAGGUAGACUUGCUUAGUCAUCUGGGUGACUGCAUGAGAGUGGUUCUGGCUUAAAGGGCAGUCUGGGUGGCGCCUAAUUUACAUUCCUGAUGCAGCCAGUAGCAACAAGCCAUGAAAAGGGAGAGAGCCUCCAAGCCUGCCAAUCUGGUGGCACCAAACUGCCACCAAUAACACAGCCAGGGAACAAGCAAGGGAUCGGCCGAAACGUAACGAACAGAGCAAUCAGUCGAGAAUUAGAUUUCUCGUCUGGGAGGUACUGUAUCAGAUGAGCAUCUCUACCUCACAUCCAUCCGUCCCUGCUCUCCCUGUCUUUUUAGUUCCGUGUUCUACUGGAUGCUCUCCCCCUCCCUCCUCUUUUAUAAGUCUCUCACUCUGUUUUUUGUUUGUCGUCGGAAAUGUUCUCUACGUGAGGGUUUUCUCAACAGUUAUGGGUAGUACGGGGGUUUGUCUUUCCUUCGCUUGCCUCAUACCGGUUUCUAGCGUGUCCGUUACUUGGAGUCUCGACCGUGUGUCCUCGUGUACCUGAAUGUUUUGUCUUUGUCUCGUGUUUGAGUUGGAUGCUGACAGCGAGGGGUUGAACAGCGGUUUGGCGGUUGGCUGGUCCUCGAGUGCGCUUUGUGGGGUGGGGGGGGUAAAAGAUUCUCGAUCUUCCCCUCCACCCCUGCACUUGUUUUCACGUUUUCUUUCGGGACGUGCCAAUCCCCCUGAUUUCCCUGCUCUUCCUCUCCUUUAACGCAGUCCGACUCGUUCUCUAUCUCUAACUUUAACUCUCUUCUGUCUCUUUGUGGGUUCAAGGCCUUGUUUCCAGGUCUUCCCCAAACCCUGAUACUAAGGUCCCCCCCCGCUUUUUGUCAGAUAAUCCCUCCUUCCUCUUCCCCUUUCCUUUUCCUUGUCCUUUCUCUAUCUAAUCAACUCCUUGGUAACACACACAAAAAAUUGAAUGUUUACAUCACUUGAUUCUCCUUUGACUUUAUUAGGAACGCACACUAAGUACAAAGGCGCCUUAUUCAGUGUUUAAAAACGAAAAUAACAGCAAGCGAAGUGGCCUGGAAGGGACGCACCUUCUGCAGGCUUACCGAUGUCCAAAACUAACAAAAACAAUUUAGUGCUAUACAUACUGAUUGAGAAAACAAGGUGUCGACUUAAAAAAAAAAAAAAAAAAAAAAAAAUUGAAGCUAAUCACGAACAACUGAAUGAGUAUUUGUGCUUAGUAUGUAUACUACUAAAAAGUGAGAGAAUGUGCUGGUUUACAUAUUAAAAAAGAAGAUAUAAUAUAUGAAUAUAUAAUGUGUAUAUAGCACUAUGCCUCAUUGUAAACAUAAAAUGUAUUGUGUGUUUUUUUUUUUUUUUUUUUUUUUUUUGUUUUUUAAAAGGUGGCGGGUCACAGUUAAUCAGACAGGAGGAGGUGGUCAGGUCGGUUUUGUUCCAAUGAGUUCAUGUUGUUUGUUCAGUACAGGGAGGAAAUGAAGGGAAAUAAUGAAAUAACUUCACACCAAGUCCAAAACUGUUAUAAAAGAAAGACAAAAAAAUAUCCCUUUAGACUAUCACACUAGAAGGUUCUGUUUUUCUUUGCUGUUUAUAAAAUGACUAAUCUUGAUUUUUUUUUUUCCUUGUUUUCUUAAAAAGCAAUUUGAGAUGCAAUACGUAAUAAUCUUAUCAUUAAGACAGCCUUUCCGAGAAACUGAGGUAAUAAUGUACAGCGUGUGGUUGGUUGUUGAGCUAUAACAUGGGCAAUCUUUGAGCUGCGGAUUCAAUAGGCUACUGUACUAUAUGUAGACUGCUGUUAAAACAAAAACAAAAAGUUAUUUAAAA